AUGAAGACCUCCGUAGUAUUUGGUGCCCUCAUCAGCCUGGUCUCGGCCCAGAAUGCUGUCGUGCAUAAUCAUUGUGCCACCUCCGUGUAUGUGCAGUCGUUCCCUUAUGAUGGUAGCGCCCCCGGCCCUCUCACCACCGUUGCGAAUGGGGAAACUUUCUCCGAAGAAUUCAGAGAAUCUGGUUCGACUGUCAAGAUCGCCAAGACAAAGACCCUGAAUACGCCUCUCUUCUUUGGCUAUUCGUUCUCAUCCAACCCGGACUAUGUGUACUAUGAGCUGAACACGGAAUGGGGCAACCCCUUCGCAGCGGAUCCCAACUCGCUCAGUCCCGGGGAUGGCUGUGAGGCCUUUGACUGUGCGGCCAAUGAUGCCGCCUGCUAUAGUACACCGGGAUCCAAGAAGGUCUAUGGGUGCCCCCAGCCAGUCACCUUGACGGCGGACCUCUGUCAGUAA